AUGGCUGCAUUAGCAGCAGCAGCAGCAACAGACCCUGCAGCAGGCUUUGCUGUAGCAGCAGCAGCAGCAGCAGCCGCUGCAACAGUAGCAGCAACAACCACAGCAUCAGCAGCAGCAACAACCGGAGGCGGAGGAUACCAGUUUAAUGAGCGGUUAAAAUCGAGAAGCUCAACUGAUGCUCAGACAGCAUUGCCAGCGGGAGCAAAUGAGGUGAAGAAGACUUAUAAAUUGCCACGGAUUGAAUUGAUCAAGUUUAAUGGAGAAAUACGCGAGUGGUUGCCGUUUUGGAGUCGAUUCAAAAAGAUUCACGAAGACGCAGAUAUGGACAGAGAAGAUAAGUUUCAAUACCUAAUACAAGCUACAGUGCCCGGUUCGCGCGCCUCGGAAUUAGUGACAAGUUAUCCGCCAACUGGUGAAAAUUACGAAAAGGUUAUUGACAGUCUAAAAAAUAGAUUUGGGCGUGAAGAUGUGCGUGAAUUAUUACAGUUAGUCUUACAGAACGCGAUUUCGCCUACAAGGAAUAUGCAGCUAUCGACGUUGUAUGAUAAAAUCGAGUCUUAUUUGAGAGCUUUGGAAUCGCUGGGUGUUACUACGGACAAGUGUGCAGCAUUGCUGUUUCCGCUAGUCGAAUCUUCAUUACCUGAAGAGUUGCUACGAGCGUGGCAAAGGAGUAAUGCUGUUCAAUAUACAUUGGCGCCGCGUGCAGAUAACACGUCGACGCAAUCUCAAGAUCGAUUAACGCGGCUCAUAAAAUUUUUGGAAGCGAAAGUGCAAAACGAGCUGCGAAUUACGAUGGCGGUAAAAGGCUUUGAUUUAAAAGUGAGUGAUAACAGUGAGGCUAAUAGACAAAGGAAACCACGUACACAUCAUGAUCAUAAAGAAGUCCCCAGUGCGGCUGGUCUGUUUGCUACGAAAGUUCGCGAAAACCUUUGUAUAUUUUGCGGAGGUAAAGAUCACGUUGGUGAUAACUGUUUCAAGGCGAAGAAAAUGAGUUUUUCAGAAAAACGGGAAAUGGUUAAGCGAAAGAAUGCUUGUUUUUACUGUUUGAAAAUUGGGCAUGGUGCUAAGAUGUGUCGCGUGUAUGUAAAAUGUGGAAAGUGCUCGCGACGCCACGUUACAGUGAUGUGUCCGGCUGAGAGUUUUGAAGGUGAUAAGGGUAGUCCUCAAAAGACUGUGACGGACAAGGGCAACAUACCGAAAGAGUGUAAUAUGGCUAGUGUUUGUAAUGAUCCGCAAGUUUAUUUACCAACGCUCCGUGCUAAAUUAAAGAGUGAAACGACUGAUCGCAUUGUAAGAGUUGUGGUGGAUACUGGUUCCCAAAAGUCGUACAUUACUAAGGAGGUUGCGGCUCAGGUAGCCUACGAGCCAAUUGCGGAGCAGCAAUUAAACCAUUCGUUGUUUGGCGGCACAAAGUCAGGCAUAAGGAAGCAUAAGAAGUAUUGGGUAAGACUGGUCAGUUUAGAUGACAGUUUUGCAUGUAAGUUUGCUGCUUUUGAUCAAGAUGUUGUUUGUGUUGACGUGCCCUUGGUUGAAAGAGGCGAAUGGUGUAAUGAGCUGCAAGAAAAUAUUCACAUAUCGGAUUUGGGAAGCCACGAACAGUCAAUCAAUGUGCUUAUUGGAGCAGAUAUUGCAGGCAAAUUUUUAACGGGACAACAUCAGGUAUUGAGCUGUGGGUUGGUAGCUGUCGAAACUCGGCUCGGAUGGACUAUUAUGGGAAAAGUACCCGGAACUGAAAAUCGCCGGGACCCUGUCAUCACAGCUAUAUCGAUGUUCGUGAAGGAAGAAAAUGUUGCUGAUUUAUGGUCGCUUGAAGUCUUGGGGAUUAAGGAUCCCAUUCACGUUAAAACUCAGAAGGAACAAGAGGAAAGCAUGAAGCAAGAGUUUUUGAAAACGGUAACCAUAAACCCGGACGGCCGAUACGAAGUGGAGUUGCCGUGGGUAGAAAACCAUCCAGCGUUGAGUGACAGUAAAACUGUCGCCGUGCGUCGCCUUCAGUCUACAAUAAAGAAGCUACAGUUGGACGGAAAAUUUGAAGCAUAUGACGGUGUUUUGGAGCAGUGGGUAGAAGAAGGAAUCGUCGAAUACGUGCCCAAGGAAGAAGAGGAACAAUGGGGGCAUUAUUUGCCGCAUCGAGCCGUCAUCAAGGAGGGAAGUACAACAGCGGUGAGGCCCGUUUUCGACGCCUCAGCCAGGGAAAGGCAGUUCCCCUCAUUAAAUGAAUGUCCCAAUCUCAUCGAGCUGGUAACGUCAAUUUUACUGCGCUUCAGACAAGGUAGCAUUGGGGUAGGUUCAGACAUAACGAAAGCGUUCUUACAAAUAAGUUUACGGCCUAAGGAUAGAGAUUUUUUGCGUUUUCUAUGGGUAGACAAGGAAGGAAAAACGGUAAUAAUAAGGCAUUGUAGAGUGGUUUUUGGUGUCUCCUGCAGUCCGUUUAUUCUCGGAGCGGUUAUCAAUAUGCAUUUGGAGAAAAUCAUAAAAUCGAUUGAAAAUGGUUCAGAUGUUUUACUUGAUCGCGAAAAUAUUGUGAAACUUUCUAGAAGUUAUUAUGUCGAUAAUUGUGUAACGAGUCUGAAUUCGAUAGAUCAUUUGAAUAAAUUCAUAGCGGAUUCAAGAAAAGCAAUGGAAUUAGCUAAUUUCGAUCUCCGUGGGUGGGAGUACAACGGUGAUGAUACUCUCAAAAGUCAAGUUACUGUAUUAGGAAUUGUGUAG